CGUUUUUAAAAGAAAGAAUCAAGAACAGACUUCAAUUGCCUAAGUUCGACAUUAACAGGGGAGUUUUCUUCAAAUUUUAUUUUUCCUUUUAAAAUAAACCCUUAAUGAAUGAUAAUCUCCCACAUAUAAAGAUACAUUCACCAGAUAACUCAUUUGAGAAUAGCGAUACAAGUAGACAGGAUGGUCAGCUUGUUGAUACGAAUGGAAACGCCAAUAGUACAAAAAGACAAAUAGAAGGUCGCAGUUUAGAAGAACGUAGCUCAAGUGCACGGAGCCAUUUUACUAGUAGCACUUCAGAUGGUGUAAACAAUAGCUCAAAAGAUGCAUUGACGCUUUUGGAUCCGCUGUCGCAGCAUAUCCUGAAUCGUACUCGCUCAAGCAACAGUCCAUCUAAAGGAAGCUUAAAUAACCACUCACCUGUAUCCGGGCAGACAUCUAUAAGUAAUAAAGAAAGAAGGAAUAAAAACGAUAUUUCUCCUGCGCAUGAAAAUGAAGCCGGUAAUGUUAAUUUACCAAGCAUUGAGCCAAAUCAACCACGACCUGUCAAUAGCCAUAGAUCUUCAAUUUUUUCUCGGGUCCUUGGAAACAAGUCAAAUAUUUUUACUCAUAAAACUAUUGAAGAUUAUGCUGAAGAUGACGAUAGAGAUGCUCUCGAUGGAAUUUCAAGGGUAGAAGGAAAUGCCGCAGAUCCUUUCUCUUGGAUUCCUAAAGGAAAGAACCGUUGGGAAGUACCUUCUAAGUAUAUUCGUGUUCGUUCCCAUAAAACAAAACAAAAGUCGUUUGCCCAUUUAUUCCUAGCUCAAGAACUUCACUGCAAACCAGCGAUGCAGAAUACUUAUAACCAUUAUUACAAUGCGACCCCUGAUCCAAUGCCGUCUUCUUCUGAAAUUCCUCGUAUGUCUUCCUCUUCCGAUUUAUCCUCCGUACCUGUUGUCGAUGAUUCUCAUAAUAAUGUACAUAUUUCUGAUGACAAUCCAUAUACUGAUGAAAUGCAACCUGAUUACCGUCCUUCUAAUAAUCAUCGUCGCAACAAGUCACCAUCUGUAUAUUCAGACUCGGUAACCCAAACUGUAAAGGUUGAUGAAAACCCAGUAAAUUGUGCAAUAUGGGCUAUGAGAUUCAGCCGUGAUGGUCGCUAUUUAGCUGUUGGUGGACAAGAUAAUGUCCUUCGAGUUUGGCAGGUCCUUGACAGAGAUCAGGCUCGUAAAAAUACGUCUCUACCAGAGACAAGAGAUUCUACUCAUAAACUUGAUUUAUGCGCUCCCGUUUUCUCUUCUACCCCUGUUCAAGAAUAUGCCGGGCACACUGCAGAUAUUUUAGAUAUAUCUUGGAGCAAAAACAAUUUCCUACUAAGCUCGUCCAUGGACCGAACAGUGCGUUUAUGGCACCCUCUUCGUAAAGAUUGCUUAUGCUGUUUUGAACAUUCUGACUUUGUCACCUCAAUAGCUUUUCACCCUAAAGAUGAUCGAUUUUUUCUUUCCGGAUCUUUAGACUGCAAACUAAGGUUAUGGUCAAUAAAAGACAAGAAUGUAGCUUAUUGGAAUGAGCUUCCGGAAUUGAUCACUGCAGUUGCCUUUAGCCCAGAUGGUAGUUUGGCGAUUGCUGGCACAUUUGUUGGCCUGUGCUUAUUUUAUGACACUCGAGGACUUCGAUUUCGUACCCAAAUACAUAUUCGAAGUUCCAGAGGUAAAAAUUCAAAAGGAAGCAAAAUUACAGGUAUUGAAACUCGUACUCGAAUAAUCGAAAAUAUCGCUGGCGAUACGGAAAUGCUUGUGACUACAAAUGACUCUCGAAUUCGAAUAUAUAACCUUCGUGAUAAGAGUUUAGAAAUCAAAUUUAAAGGUCACUUAAAUGAACAAAGCCAAAAUAAAUCAUCCUUUGAUGAUGAACUGAAACAUAUAAUUUGCGGCAGUGAGGAUCAUCAAGUUUAUAUCUGGGAUAUUCCACCACCGCAUUUGCAGAAAAGCAAGAAAAAAUGCUAUGAACAUUUUAAAGCUUCCAUGAGACCAACUACUACCGCUAUUUUUGCUCCAAGCCGCACAAAGCAAAUACUGUUAAUGGCUGGCGAUCCACUUUACACUACAGCAAUCACAGCUCGACGGUCGUCAGUGGGCUCGAACACGUCGUUCGAUCCUUCACGAUUGAUGAAUCAUUUGCAUAGUACACGUAUUAGUCAACUGCCACCUGAAGUGAGUAGUGGUCAUAUCAUUGUAUGUGGUGACAUGGAUGGUCGCAUUCGAGUUUUUCGUCAGGAUUCUUCUUUUGAAGCUAGAAAUUCACAAAAAAGAACAAGCAAUGAGAAUUUUAGCUUACCUUCACUCGUAAAAAAUACUACUAAUAGUAGUUCCCUCCGAAGUCUCAGGAAUAAGUCAUUCUCUUUAAACCGGUCAAGGCAUCCUUCAGUCUCAUUGAAACAAAAUCCCGUAAAAAGAGAACAACGUGAAAAGGUGGAUGUUCCGAAAGAAAUAACUGCAGAUCCCAAGGAAACCCAUUUGGAUAUGGAUGAAAAUGAAACUUUAAAACGUGUUGAUAUGAUGAUGCUUCAAGAAGGGGCUUCUUCAAUGGCUUACUAUUCAAUGAAUGACUUGGAUGUCAACAAUACGAACGUUUCUAGAGCCUUAAAUAUUGCAAUGAAAAAGGGGACUAAUACUGAAGAUAUCGACCAUGCGGAUCCUGUAACGGUUGCUUCAUCUUUAGCACCUCGUCCAAAGGAUGAGAGCACUCGAUUCAUCCGUGAAAACGAUCGUUUGGAAUGCUCUAAAUGCGGAAAUUUUUUAUUUUAUGCUUGUAGGAAAUUACGAGAUUUAAACACAUUCACAUAUUCGCUUAUAUGCUCUCACUGUGGUCGGAAAUUGCCUACACCUAAUGAGGACGAUAAUAGUGGGGACAAUUGAAAAGUGUUUCUGAGAAAUCGGUGUAUAAUUGAAGUAUUGGUUGCUUCUGUUAGUGUCUAAUUUUUUAUAGCAGAAAGUUGUCAGCGUUAACACGGUACAUGGGAAAUACGGAUACGCACAAUGAUUGUCAUUAGGUUUUUUUCUACUUUCUGCCCUAAAAAUUAUGAUCAAGGGGCUAGCCUACCUCUUACUCGCGAUUAUUAAGUGACAAAGGGUUAUAUUUCAUGUUUAAGGGUUUACAAAUAAAAAACUGGUCUUAAACAAAAAUAAAGGGUUAAUGAUGCAAAUUUGAUCAAAACGACAUGUUGGGUAUAUCGGGAUAAACAAGAUGACUAGCAAGUAUUUAUUUAUAAUUGUGUCAAAAUGAUAAUCAUUUAAUAAUUUCAGCACUCUAAUAAAUUUCCCUUGCAUAGUUUACUGCUUAUUACGUUUACUGUAAGAAAACCAUGGAUAUUAUAAAAUUCUAGGGUUCUUUGAUUGUAGAACUCUUGUCGAAACCAAGGAUGAGUAUUUGCUCUAUGGACGCAGCUUAUAAGGUCAUUAUUGGUAAUUUUUUCGACAUUUUGCAUUCAUUUGACUAUUCUGCUUAUGGAUGCUUGGGCCUGAUAAAGUAUUAUAUGUCCAAUUUGGUUUUUAUGAUACAAGAAUUUUGAGUACAAGACACAACUUCGCCAUUGGCUUUAGUUACAUCUGUUUCUGUUGUCUUGCAUUAUAUACUGAAUACAUCCUUCAUGUACA